CUGGGGUUAAGGCCCCCCCAAUGGGGUUCAUACGCCCCCAAAUGGGGUUAAGACCCCCCAAAUGGGGUUAAGGCCCCCCCAAACAGUUCCCAGCCUUAAUUUUUUUGGGGGGGGGGUCCUUCAGGUGGCGGUGGAAUUGGUGGCCGAAUCCCCCCCGGCCCCCCCGGAAUCCCCCCGGCCGCGUUGCGUCCGCGUGGGCUGCGACCGCCCGCCCAUAGAGAGCAGCGAGUGGGACAGCGAGUACUGCAGCAGCGAGUGCGUCGUCAGGCACUGCCGGGACGUCUUCCUGGCCUGGUUGGCCGCCCGCAACGCCAACAACAACGUCGUUUUCGUCAAAUAACACCGAAUUCACCCCAAAAUUCGCCUCUUUCGCCCCCUCCUUCCCCCCCUUCCCACCCCCCGUUCCAUUUUUGGGGCAAAUCGGAGCGAUUUCCGUUCAAAACAAACCAAAAAAAACCAACGGAAAAAGAGCAAAUUUGGGUCAUUUCUAUUAAAAUCCAACCGAAAAAAAAA